AUGGCCAACAUAUAUACAUUAAGGGCAUUUUUCUUUGGCCAGUGGUCCUCCACAGUAAGACUUGAUGGCAAGACAGUUAUUAUUACAGGAGCCAACUCUGGCAUUGGCAAGGAAACCGGAAGAGACUUAGCAAGGAGAGGGGCCAGAAUCAUCAUGGCUUGCAGAGAUAUCUCUAAAGCUGAAGCUGUUCAGAAUUAUAUCAUUGCAGAGUCAGGCAACCAAAACAUCGUCAUUAGAAAACUAGAUUUGGCUGAUACCAAGUCAAUCAGAGCAUUUGCAGAGGUGAUCAAUAAAGAGGAGAAACAACUGCACAUACUAAUAAACAAUGCUGGAAUCAUGAUGUGCCCCUACUCUAAGACUGCAGAUGGCUUUGAGAUGCAAUUUGGAAUCAAUCAUUUGGGUCACUUUCUUUUAACGUUCCUGCUGACUGACUUGCUGAGAAAGUCUGCUCCCUCGAGGAUCAUUAUGCUCUCAUCCAUGGCUCAUAGGUGGGGCACCAUAAAGCUGGAUGACAUCAACAGUGAAAAAAUCUACCACAGCAGGAAGGUGUACGGGCAGAGCAAGCUAGCUAAUAUUCUUUGUGUGCGCUCCCUGGCUAAAAGACUGAAAGACACAGGGGUAACUGUCUAUGCUGUUCACCCAGGAAUCGUUCGCACUGAACUGAAAAGACACAUGAACCUUGGGCUUCUUUGCAUGUGGAAAGUUGUCAGGCCGUUUACCAAAACAUCAGUACAGGGAGCUCAGACUUCAAUAUACUGCGCUGUGGAGCCAGCACUCAGCUCCCAGAGUGGUGAAUAUUACAGUCAUUGUAUGCCUUCCAGUUGCACAAGAGCUGCUAGAGAUGAUGAAAUGGCACAGGAGUUGUGGGAGCUGAGUUGCCACAUGCUGGGAAUAGACUGGGAAUGA